AUGAGUAGAAACCAGACUGUCACUGCAGGAUUUGGGGCCAUUCGUUACUUCUGUGCCUUUUCGCAGGCCCUCUUCUCUUUCUUCUCCGUGGCAAUCGUUUCCGUCUGGCCUGCUCUCGCGUCAGCCGACCUGAGGACGACAAAGGCCCCGACCCUUCCUGUCAGUGGCAUGAACAAAUCCACCUCAACCACGGUUUCUACAGCUUUUGCCAACUCGGCGAUCAAAAGCUCAUCCCCCACAUCGCAGGAAUCGAACCCUCAUCGUUCCAAGCUACCUCUGCUUCGAUCCCUCCCUCACACCACAGGUCCGCUGUUCAAGCACCAACCUUUCACUGUGAGCUGGAACAUCCCUGAUCUGGUGUGUAACAGAUACAACAUCUCCCUGGACACCUCAGCGUUUAAAGGAGUGGCCACGCCUGCAAAGGUCCCGGGUCAGUUCCUGUCUCUGUUCUACACAGACCGGCUGGGUCUUUACCCACAUGUAGACCUUGUUGGUAGAAAACAGUUGUAUGGAGGUAUUCCUCAGAGGGGCAACCUGAGAGCCAGCAUGAACAAGGCCAGAGCUGAUAUCACCUACUACAUCACAUCCAAGACCAGCCGGGGUUUGGCUGUGAUAGACUGGGAGGAAUGGCGCCCCCUCUGGGAAAGGAACUGGGGCACUAAGAGAAUCUACCAGCUCUUAUCUGUGGCCCAUGCCAUGCAGACAAACCGCUCGCUCACAGUGGAGCAGGCCACAGAAAAAGCCAAACAACGGUUCCAGGUGGCAGCCAGAAGUUUGAUGUCAGGGAUGUUGACGAUGGGCAGAGCCAUGAGGCCCAACUACCUCUGGGGCUUCUACCUGUUUCCCAACUGCUAUAACUACGGCUGGUUGGAGCCCGGCUACACAGGCCGGUGCUCCAAGGAGGUGAGGAGGCAGAACGAUGAGCUCCUGUGGCUGUGGGAGUCCAGCACGGCCCUCUACCCAUCGGUCUACCUGCAGGCCUCACUGGCAGAUAACCCCAGAGCUGCCCUGAUGGUGAGGAACCGUGUCCAGGAGGCUCUGCGAGUGUCCACCCUGCCACAGCGCAGUGGAGGCACUGCGCCCGUGUUUGUUUACACACGUCCCGUCUUUGUCGAUCAGAACAGACGCUUCCUCAGCCAGGGGGACUUGGUGAGCACCGUGGGGGAGAGUGCAGCCGUGGGAGCGUCUGGUGCUGUGCUGUGGGGGGCCAGCGCUGACUAUAACGACCAGGCCUCUUGUGAAUCCCUCUCAUCCUACCUCACCUCAACCCUCAAUCCUUACGUCACCAACGUCUCCGCGGCCGCCCAGCUCUGCAGCAGCUUCCUGUGUCGGGGGAACGGCCGCUGCGUCCGCAAAAACUACAAUUCCAACCACUACCUCCACCUGAACCCUGACAGUUUCCGGGUCGUGCAUAUUCAGAGGCGCUACCUGGCCCUUGGGAGAGCUACCUUCGUGGACCUGAAGGCUCUGAGCCGGGGAUUCACCUGUCAAUGCUACAGAGGCCUGAGCUGCACUCCCAGGACUCCCAGGGAGCUCGCCAAGGCCCUGAGGUUCAGUGUGAAACAGGGGCUGCACCAAAAAGCCCACACACUCAAUAAAGCGGCAUUGGAUGAUAUGCAACAAGGUAGUAUUUCUAAAGACAAUACUGAGAAGAACUUGAAAGUUUAG